GAGUUUUUGGUUUUUCUUCCAUCCAAGCGACCACAAGGAGCCCUUCUUCCUUUGAAAAUCUCUGCCGUGGCAAGAUAAACGAUUCAAUCUACUCACCUUUGCGGAGUUAGGAAUCGCAGAAAUGGGCAGACUGCACGAGUACCAGGUUAUUGGCCGCCGGACUCCCACGGAGAAGGAGCCGGUCCCUAAGUUGUACCGCAUGCGUCUCUUCGCUCCCAACGAAGUCGUUGCCAAGAGUCGCUUCUGGUACUUCUUGAAGCAGGUGAACAAGGUCAAGAAGGCGUCCGGUGAGAUUGUGGCUGUCAACGAGAUCUUUGAGAAGAAGCCGUUGACUGUCAAGAACUUUGGUAUCUGGAUCCGUUACGACUCCCGCUCUGGUACUCACAACAUGUACAAGGAGUACCGUGAACUCACUCGUACCGACGCCGUCGCCGCUUGCUACCAGGACAUGGCUGCCCGUCACCGUGCCCGUUUCUCCUCGAUCCAGAUCAUCAAGGUUGCUGAGGUGAAGAGUGCUGACGUCCGCCGUCCUUACAUCAGGCAGUUGUUGGAGCCCAAGCUCAAGUUCCCUCUGCCCCACCGGGUCACCCGCCCUGCCAGCAAGCGUUAUCGCCCCGUCUUCUCUGGUGUCCGCCCCAGCACCUUCUAAGCGUCGAGUGUAUAAUAUAUCGAAAUCACCAUUAUGUCUUUUUUUUGCUCGUUUUGUCUUGGACUUUAUGCCCCUCUCCGCUGCCGGAUAUGGGAGAUUGUUGUAUGAUGCCCGUAUCCAGUAUAUCCUCUACCAAAGAUCUUUAUUGUCC